UGCUGCUUCUCGAGAACCUCUUCCUCUCUUGUUAAGAGGAAGCUGAGGCAGGAAAGGCGGAACUGUUGCUUACCACAACUGUUCAUUGGCUUGAGGCUCGACAGUAGACAGAAAACCAUGAGGUGGCUUUGGAUUGUGGUGAUUUCUCCUCUGCUAGCCCUUCAAGCAGAGGAACAGCAGGAUCCUUCUGAAGUUGGCCAAACCAAACUUCUCCAACGAGUGAAAGACGAGCCUGUUAACAAGACGUUGCAGGAAAGUGAAACUGACAGGAUGUGGGUCAACGACAGUAAAGCCCACCCCUCAAAUGGCAGCUGGGGGAUCAGCACUACCCCUCUUCACACCACCGUCAAGAGCAGCACAGAAUCUAAUACGAGGAGGUUGCCCGAACCAAGCAUCGCCAUCCGCUCCGUGAACGGGACCUGCAACGUCACCUUGCAUUGUGCUGUGACAGGAGGAGGAGGAGGAGGGGACGUGAGUUAUACCUGGACAAACUCUAAAAUGAGCGCGGUCCUUUCCAAAGAUCCAACUCUGCGUCUCACUCAGAAGCCCCCAAAUGGCUCCUUGGACUACACCUGCACCGUACGGAGCAAGGAGAGCGAGAACUCCAGGACCGUUUCUCUGAGUGACCACUGCCACGAUCCGCCUUCUCUCAGCCAAGGACUCCCUGCAUCCUUUUAUGCGAAAUACAUCAUCCCACUUUUGAUAGUUCUUGUUCUGUUGCUUGGCCUGUUCUUCAUGUACAGACGAAAGAGAGGAGGAGGAAGCCACAGCAGCACGGCAUCGAUCUAUGAAUCUUCAGACUCUGACGACGAGGAAGACCCUGCUGAGAUUGCCCGGCUGGACUCUUCCCGUGAGGCCUUCACGGCGAUUCCUGAGGAGGCCCUGGAAGCGACGGAGGCGUCGCCCAUCAACGAAGACCAGGCCGUCUUGGGUACGCAGGAUCGGCCCCCAAGCCAGAUGUGAUUCCCACUUCAGACUCUCGGUUCAGGCUCUUACAUCCCGCCGUUAAAGAGGUCUCAGGGUGUGGAACUAGGAAAGGCCUUUUGACCGGGCACCUUGGAGAGCAAUUGCUAAUCAUAGUAAAUGCUGGAGACAGGCCAACUCGUGAUACGGAAACCUCUAGCCUCUCUUUACUAUUUAAUUCUCCAAGAUAAUACAGGAAAAGUUUGGACUUCCCUAACCAGAGAGGGUCACCCUGGUCCACUUGAUACAGAGCAGCUGAAGACCUUUUUUACACACCUUAAAGGCACGCACCACAGGACGUAUUGGCCAUUUGUCUUCAUCGUCUUCUUCCUCCUCCUCCUCCUCCUCCUCCUCCUCUUUGUCAUCGUCGUCUUCCUCCUCUUCCUCUUCCUCUUCUAAUCUCACUCUUCUUUUUCUCCUGGGACUCCCUGCCACUCUAAACUGUGCUCUGAUCAUUUCCAAAGUUUCCAAUGGUUUUUAAUUGUGGCCUUGUGUUUUUUAGUUCAUUGUGAAGUGGAACUGGCAGGCUGCACCCACCAUGAAGCAGCCCGAGGAGGGUGACAGGCCUGUGAGGGGAUCAGGGCUGUGGAGGCCGGUGGCUCCGAUGGCAG